ACAUAUCCCAGAGUGCAAUGUGGCAAAUGGGUUGUGGGAGAGGAUUGGUUGUGUCGUGAAAUGAGAACAAUAUUAGCUGCAUUUGCAGAUUUCUUUUCAAUUUGUUGCUGCGAAAAAGCUACCCGGUAUUGGAAGAAAAAUCGUAGCGUAUGGUUGGUUAGAAGGAGGGGCAAGAUUUGGUAGUUGACUGAACGGCCUUGGCCCCGCGUUCGACUGAAUGGAGAAACAGCUGCAUUUGAAUUUGUUAGCCUCCAGACCUCCCGUGCCAGGAGGUUUGCAGUCUGGGUCUAAAAUGAGAAUGGGACCUGGACGGAAGAGAGAUUUCUCCCCUCUGUCCUGGAGUCAAUACUUUGAAACGAUGGAAGAUGUUGAAGUGGAAAACGAUAACGGCAAAGAUACGUUCAGAAUCUAUAGCAGUGGCCAGCAUGGUCCUGUGCUUCUACUGCUCCAUGGAGGAGGCCACUCUGCUCUCUCCUGGGCUGUGUUCACUGAGGUGAUAUACAACAGAAUUAACUGCAGGGUGGUGGCUAUGGACCUCAGGGCCCAUGGUGACACCAAAGUAAAGAAUUCUGAUGAUCUUUCAGCAGAAACAAUGGCCAAGGACAUUGGCAAAGUGGUUGAGGCACUCUAUGGAGAAAACCCGCCUCCGAUCAUGAUGAUUGGACACAGCAUGGGUGGAGCUAUAGCAGUUCAUACCGCUGCAGCCAACCACGUGCCGUCGUUACUUGGCCUUUGUGUCAUUGACGUCGUGGAAGGCACUGCAAUGGAUGCCUUGAACAGUAUGCAGAAUUUCCUCAGGAGUCGACCAAAGACCUUUAAGUCUGUGGAGAAUGCCAUUGAGUGGAGUGUGAAGAGUGGACAGAUCCGAAACGUUGAGUCAGCCCGGGUGUCCAUGGGAGGCCAGGUGAAAAAAUGUGAGGAACCCCUUAACAGUCCAGGUGUCUCCAAAAGCAUCGGUGAAGUCAUCAUUGAAGAGGAGGAGGAGGAGGAGGAGGAGGAAGGAGAAUCCAAUCACAAGAGAAAGAAGGAGGACGACCAAGAGGUGAAGAAGGAGAGCCUCUAUACCUGGCAGAUUGAUCUGUCAAAGACAGAGAAGUACUGGGAGGGCUGGUUCAGUGGACUGUCUGCCCUCUUCCUCUCCUGCCCUGUGCCAAAACUGCUCCUGCUCGCUGGUGUGGACAGGCUUGAUAAAGAUCUCACAAUUGGACAGAUGCAAGGGAAGUUCCAGAUGCAGGUGCUCCCUCAGUGUGGCCAUGCUGUCCAUGAGGACGCCCCUGAAAAAGUAGCAGACGCUCUGGCCUCGUUCAUGGUCCGUCACAAGUUCACUGAACUCAAGGAGGGUUUCCUGUGCUAAUGGGAAUGGGAUCCAAAUAAAUAGUAAACUACAUAGAAAAGUCCCAGUUUUGCCCUGGACCCAAACAGCACUUAUGGAGGAGUUGCCUGGAGCAUCAUGGACACCAUCUUCUGCAAAUUACUCCCAACUGGAAGAAAAUAGGUCGGGAUAAAUUAAAUAAACUUGAGCACUGUACAACUGCAAAAUUCUCAGCACUUUGGUUCUUAAAUUUAAAUAAUCUUUUGAAAAUUAGGUAUUACUUUGCGAAAUGUACAUGUAGAUCUUUUGCCAAUAUGACUUUGCCUUUUUGUUUUUUAAUAAUGCAGGGAUUUGGUUUCACCCAUCCCACUCAACCUUUUUUUUUUUUUUUUUUUCCUGUGAUGGCUUGCAUGUUUCUUGUUCAAUUUUGGGUAACUCCAUGUUGUGCUAUGUGUUUAAUAACAUUGUUGGAUUUUAAGAAUGAUGAUUAAAAAUGCAUUAGGACAAUU